GCUCAAACAGUCUUGUUGAGAACCAGAACUGCUGAGUUGAUGAAACCUUGAGGGUUGUAUGUCAGUGGCCUUGUACAAGUUGUAGGAUCGAUAUCUCGUGUUCUCUUGCACUGGUUGGUUGUGCACUGAAGCGGUGUUGCCUUGCUCAACGACGGGCUCAUUUACUAAGCUCUUUUUGAGCUAUAAUGCGAUCCUUGAAUUCCUGAAGUGAUCCGUUCAUGUUGUCUACCAACAAGUCUUCAAGAUGGCUACAAUCAAUAUCAACACAGGAGUCGCAGAUGACUUCUACCGCUACAAAAUGCCGAAGCUUCUUGCCAAGGUGGAAGGCAAAGGCAAUGGCAUUAAGACGGUGAUUGUGAACAUGGUAGACAUCGCGAAAUCUUUGCAUCGUCCCCCAUCUUAUUCGACCAAGUACUUUGGAUGUGAGCUUGGUGCACAGACACAAAUGGAUGCCAAGAAUGAGCGCUACAUUGUGAACGGUUCCCAUGAUGCGCCAAAGCUGCAGGGUCUUCUUGAUGGCUUUAUCAAGAAGUUUGUCUUGUGUGCUGAGUGUGGUAAUCCAGAAACUAAUUUGGAGGUCACAAAGAAACAGACAAUUAACCAGAUUUGCAUUGCAUGUGGCCACCGUGGUAUCAUUGACAUGCGCCACAAGCUUACUACCUUCAUCUUGAAGAACCCCCCGUCAGCAGAUGGACUGUCAGCAUCAUCGUCAACACCAAGCAAAAGUAAAACUAAGUCGAAGUCAGGAAAGGGCAAACGUGACGCUGACUCUGGUGCUACUGCUUCUGGGUCCGUUGAUGAAGAAGCUACUUCACCCGGUGCAAUGAUGAAUGGCAUGGGAGGCUUACCAUCCGUUGCAGCACCAACCGAGGCAGCCGAUGAAGACUGGUCAGUGGACACUAGUGCUGAUGCUGUCAAGAUACGGCAGACUGCUUUGUCGAUGGCAGCUGCGUCACUGGCUGUUACAGACGACUUGGAAUUGUCUGAGGAUGACCGUCUGGAACGCUUGUUCUCCUAUGUCGAGGCAGAGAAGAAGAAGAAGACAUUGGUGCCUGCGAAUCGUACGGUUUAUGAAGAGGCCAAGCGGCUUGAAGUACUGGAGAAAGGAGUGUUCAUUGCCUGCGAGAUUCUGUUUGAUGAGACUGUGGUUAAACAGCUGCAGGAGUACCGGCGAUUUCUUUUGCAGUUUACUCAUGGCAAAAAGAAAGCACAGAAGCAUCUUCUUGGCGCUAUUGAAAAGCUAACGGGCAAAAAGCACCCAGAGCUCAUCACUCGUGUUCCAUUGAUUCUGAAGACGUGUUAUGACAAUGAUUUGGUUGAGGAGGAUGUCUUCAUUGAGUGGCAUGAGAAGGUGUCCAAGAAAUUUGUUGACAAGAAAACCGCUCAGACAAUUCGUGAAAAGGCGGACAUGUUCAUCAAGUGGCUGAAGGAGGCCGAUGAGGAAUCAUCGGAAGAAGAGGAAGAUGGUGUUGAGGUUGUCUACACACACAAAUCUCAGUCGCAGGUAGAAAAGGAAGAUGAAGAGAAAAAGAAAGCCGAGAGAAUUGCAGCUGGCGAGGAGGAAGAGGAGGAAGAAGAUGAUGAUCUUGACAUUGACAACAUUUAACUUCAUCAUGGAGAGAGGAAAUGACUAUUCGGAUGCUACUUUUUUGUGUCGUGAGUGCAUAAGCUUAUAAAUCCUUGACCUCCUAAAAUAUGUCAUGAUGAAAGUUUUAAUUUUUAUACGGCUGUGUUCAUGUGCCAGGCUGCGAUGAUUCAUUGUGUUUCUGGUAGAUAUACUGCCUACUGAUUUCUAUUCGCUUUGAAUCCCCUGAACUUGUGUGACAUUCUCAAGGGUUUCUACAAACCACCUUGAUGUUCUCCACAUGCGUGUGUCUGCUGCACUGUCUCAGCUGGUGUACGAGCGCCAUACUAGCUUAUUAGUAGCUUUCACUAGACCGCCUGGCUGUAUAUGUGUGUGUGUGUGCGCGUGUGUACGAGCGUGCGAGGGUUCAUACUGAUUUGGUGUGCGCCGUAGUGGUCUGUCACUGCAUCAUGCUCGUAUUGCUAGCACUGUUUUCUAAUUAGAGCUUGGGUCUUACCUCAUAGGUGACGAUCAUUAGUUCUUUGUCAUACGCUCGUUCCCACCUCAAAAGUUACUAUCAUGUGCUGUCCAAAGAAGCGUGCCGGUGUUACAAAUUCUGUCAGUUUCAGAUUUUGUUCUCUUUUUUAAUGUCGCGACGAAGAUACCUACAACAGAGGUGUUGGGCACUCGUUGCAUCUCUUAUUUUGUUAUUGUUAUCAGAAUCAGUUCGUCUUGGCUGAUGCUAUGCUCUGGUGUGUUUUAGUCUUGUGCUUCUCAAGAAUGGCUUUACCCGUGA